CCAUGAUAGAACAGAAGAAGAAGAAGACUGUGGGUCCCGCAGCAGCAGCAGCAGCAGCAGCAGCGUUAGCUUCCUUCCUCCGUGGAGUGUUUGUAGAGAGGCUGAUGAUGUGUGAGUGUUUGCAGGGAGAAUGUGUUCAGUCCAGCUUCAAGGAGAGUUUAUCAGCGAGCAGUUAACUCCUGCUGAAGAAACAUUGACGGAGGUUAAAGGAAGAGAGAAAAGGCCCAAAGUGGAGAUGGACGAUCAGCACAGACUGCUGGAUUUCACCAGGAUCCCCCAGAGCAUCUUACACCGGAUAGACUGCCUGCAGGAUUAUGUUGGAAAAGAAGAGGUUUUCCCUGAGCAGCAGUUCUCUGCACAGGAGAGGAAUUCCAGUUUGGACCAAGCAGAACCAGAACUUCUGCAGAUAAAAGAAGAGCAGGAAAUGCCCUGGAUAAAAGAGGAAACCGUGGAGCUCCCCAUAAUUAAGCAUGAAGAGCAGCUUGUUGAGACUGGAGAUACAGAAAGGAACCCUUUCCCAUGUUUGAGAUGUGGAAAAAGGUUUCUGAAGAAACAAUAUUUAAUGGUUCACAUUAGAACUCACACAGGUCGGAAGAUUCACAAAUGUUGGUCUUGUGGAAAAAGGUUUACCGGAAAACAAUGUCUUGCUAAACACAUGAGAAUUCACACAGGUGAAAAACCUUUCGAAUGUUUGUCCUGUGGAAAAGGCUUUGCAAGAAAAGAAAAUCUUGAUCAACACAUCAGAACUCACACAGGUGAAAAACCUUUCGAAUGUUUGUCCUGUGGGAAAAGCUUUGCAAGAAAAGAAAAUCUUGAUAAACACAUCAGAACUCACACAGGUGAAAAACCUUUCGAAUGUUUGUCCUGUGGAAAAAGCUUUACAACAAAAGAAAAUCUUAAUAAACACAUCAGAACUCACACAGGUGAGAAACCUUUCGAAUGUUUGUCCUGUAGAAAAAGCUUUACAACAAAAGAAAAUCUUAAUAAUCACAUCAGAAUUCACACUGGUGAGAAGUCGUUCUGCUGUACUCUUUGUGGCAAAAGUUUUGCUAGAAAACAUAGCCUGACCAUUCACAUUAGAAUUCACACAGGUGAGAACCCUUUUAAAUGUGAGUCCUGUGGAAAAAGCUUUACCGAAAAACGCUCUCUUUAUAAUCACAUCAGAAUUCACACAGGUGAGAAGCCUUUCAAAUGUGAGUCCUGUGGAAAAAGCUUUACCGAUAAAGGUUAUCUUAAUAAACACAUCAGAACUCACAUAGCUAAGAGUUUUAAAUGUGAGUCCUUUGGAAAACGCUUUACCCAUAAAAGUAUUUUUGAUAGACACAUCAGAUUUCACACAUGUGAGAAGACGCUCUGCUGUACUCUUUGUGGCAAAAGUUUUGCUAGCAAACAUAACCUGACCAUUCACAUGAGAAUUCACAGAGGUGAGAAGCCAUUUAAAUGUGAGUCCUGUGGAAAAUGCUUUAUCCAAAAAUGUGCUCUUAAUAAACACAUCAGAAUUCACACAGGUGAGAAGCCAUUUAAAUGUGCAUCCUGUGGAAAAAGCUUCAGCCAAAAAAGUGAUCUUGAUAGACAUAUCAGAAUUCACACAGGUGAGAAGCCUUUCAAAUGUGAGUCCUGUGGAAAAAGCUUUACAGAUAAAGGUUAUCUUAAUAGACACUUUAGAACUCACAUAGCUAAAAGUUUUAAAUGUGAGUCCUGUGGAAAAAACUUUAUCCAAAAAUGUGCUCUGGAUAAACACAUCAGAAUUCACACAGGUGAGAAGCCUUUCAAAUGUGUUUCAUGUGGAAAAAGCUUUAGACAUAAAGGUAGUUUUGAUAGACACAUCAGAUUUCAAACAUGUGAGAAGACGGUCUCCUGUACUCUUUGUGGCAAAAGUCUUGCUAACAAACAUAUCCUGGCUUCUCACAUGAGAAUUCACACAGGUGAGACGCCAUUCACCUGUACUCUUUGUGGCAAAACUCUUGCUAACAAACAUAUCCUGGCUUCUCACAUGAGAAUUCACACAGGUGAGAAGCCUUUCAAAUGUGUUUCAUGUGGAAAAAGCUUUAGACAUAAAGGUAGUUUUGAUAGACACAUCAGAUUUCAAACAUGUGAGAAGACGGUCUCCUGUACUCUUUGUGGCAAAAGUCUUGCUAACAAACAUAUCCUGGCUUCUCACAUGAGAAUUCACACAGGUGAGACACCAUUCACCUGUACUCUUUGUGGCAAAACUCUUGCUAACAAACAUAUCCUGGCUUCUCACAUGAGAAUUCAUACAGGUGAGAAGCCAUUUAAAUGUGAGUCCUGUGGAAAAAGCUUUAGCCAAAAAUGUGCUCUUGAUAAACACAUCAUAAUUCACACAGGUGAGAAGCCUUUCAAAUGUGUCUCAUGUGGAAAAAGCUUUACCGAUAAAGGUUAUCUUCAUGUACACAUGAGGAUUCACACAGGGGAUAAGCCUUUCAAAUGUGUCUCAUGCGGAAAGAGCUUUAUCAGAAAACAGCAUCUUAAUAAUCACAUGAGAAUUCACACAGGUGAGAAGCCAUUUUCCUGUACUCUUUGUGGCAAAGGUCUUGCUAGCAAACAGCGCAUGAUUUGUCACAUGAGAAUUCACACAGGAGAGAAGACUUUCAAACAUGUGUCCUCUGGAUAAAGCUUAAACACUUCAAAUCUCACACAGGUGACAAGCCGUUGUCUUGUACUCUUUGUG